AUGGAAGAAUCUUUGGCAUACAAAUUAUCUGCUCCCUUGCCAUUACCAACUUUAAAAAACACUUUCACUCAAUAAUUAAUCACAAAGGUUUGCUCUGAUUUAGCAUGUGAUAAGAGACCUUUUAUUUAAUCUUCAGAGGAUCCUUAGUUGUUUCAUAAUGAUCAUUUAACAAAGGUUAUUGAUGUCGAAACAUUUACUGCAUAAUUUUGUGAAGAAAUGUCUAAAUUGGCUAACUAAAACAGUGUUUUAUAUUAGGAAUUCAUGUAAAAUAAAGAAAACAUUACUUUAUUGUAGAUUUUAGAAUAAGGAGAUUCUCAUCUAUCAAAAAUAGAUGAAAUGGUUAAUAGACAAAAAAAUGAUUUUGUAAUGGAUAUUGCAAAUUUACAAGAAAGAAUCAUAUAAGCAAUUCAGUCAAUAAAAGAAGAAAAUAUUAAGAAACUUGAUAGUUUUAAUGAAUAAUACAAAUAAUCGUUUAUCACUCUAAAAGCAAACAUUGAUUAGUUUUUCCUUUUGUCAAGGCAAAACUUCUAUUAUUCAAAUCAAAAUACAUUUUAAUACAAGUUGGCAUCCUUGGGUACACCAGAAGCCCAAUAAUUUCUAUCAAAUUUAAAAAGUCAUAUUAAUAAAAGUAAAUUGCUUUCUUAAGGUAAUGUUACGCCAUUAUAAAUGCUAACUGAAAUGCAAACUUUAGCAAGAUUCUUAAUGCAAAUGACUAAUUCUCCUCCAAAUUAUGAGAAAAUACAAAAUCUGCAAAGCAACUUCUUAGAUUCAUUAGUGAAUGAAGCCGGAUUUGUGUUAAAUACUGCCAUAUCAUCCAGAAUGUACAUUCCUUUUGGUUGUAACAAAGAGUUAUCUUAGGUUUUAACAGGAGAAAACAAUCUAUAAUUAUAACUGCCAACUCGAAAUAUAGAUAAUUUCUUCUUAAAACCUACGAAAAAGUUCUCAAUAGGAACUUAAAUAACUUGUAUACUAUCAAUUUCAGAAUAAUUAUUUGCGAUUGGUUCAUAAAACGAUUCCUAAUUAAGAAUGUUUGAUUCCACAAAUAAAAAGAUAUCCACAUUCUAAGCCCACAAUUAGAAUAUAGUUUCUCUUGAGAAGAUACAUAACUAUGAGAAUAACAGUAGAUAGUUUGUAUCUUUGGGUUUAGAUUUGCAAAUUAUUGUUUGGAAUAUCGAUGAUAUAAGUGUUUCAACUCAACCUAGAGUUUUCAGAAGGAUCCCAAUAUAGCAAAUGGGGAUUAGCAUCAUAGAUUUAAAGGAUAGUACUCACAUUGCAUUUAGCGAUGUACAUAAAGAUGUCAACAUUUGCAAUAUAUACUCGCAAAAGAUUGGAACAUGCAAUACUAAUUCUUUGAGUAAGAUAAAUGGAUUGACAUUGUUAAAGAAGGGAGAGAAAUUUAUAUCAUAUUCAUAAGAUUCAAUAAUAAAUAUUUGGAGACUUACUAAAUAUAGUUCUUCUUAAGAUCCUAUACUCAUUUGUGAUUAGAGUCUGGAUGAUCCUCUCUUCGGUUCUAUUAGUCAAAUUUUUAUUGCUACUUAAUGGCCAGGUCAUUGCAUAAUUGUCUCAUUUGAAGGUUCAGUUAAAUUGUUUGAUUUCAACAAAAAUUGCAUUGUAUUCACAAAAUUUGGGAAUAGAAAAAUUUAAAGCAAUUAAAUGGAGAGUUUUUUGAUUGAAGUUUCUGAUUAGAAAUCUAAUCCACCUAUUUGGUUGAUUACUUUUAGUUUCACUGAUAAUAUAGCAACUCAACAUCAUUUGAGUAUGGCUCCUUAUGCCAUGCAUUCCUUAGAUAUUAAAAUGGGGCAUCAAUUAUCAGUAUAACAGAGUUAAGGCAAACAUAAGGUUUAAUUAUUCAAUUAAUAAAAUGGAAAUGUUAAAGCAUACACAACCAUGGUAAUGUUUAGCAGUGAUACAACAGAUGAAUUAAUGAUAUAUGAAUUAAAAGGAAAUUGA